AAGGGCGAUCCAUCGUUUCCGCGGACGAAAUGCUGUUCGAACCUUAACCACUACAUUCAACGAGUGAAAUCCACUCACGAUGACGACUCCAUCGACCGUUUGAAUUAUGUAACCACAAUCUACGUGCUUCUUGGUUUCGCCCUCACCCUCUUCGCAAAGAACUAUGUUGGAGAGCCAAUGCAAUGCUGGGUUCCCAACCAAUGGACGGCUGUAUGGGAGGUAUUCUCCGAGUCAUACUGCUUUGUGGAGAAUACCUACUUUGUGCCGAUGAAUCAAAGUAAUCUUCCUGCAGCACAUACAAGAGAAGGUCGCGAGAUGAUCUACUACCAGGUACUUUACUUUCAUCGCCACCCUCUCCUACAACUCCUUUUCUACAUCAAGGUCGAAUCCGAUUUUCCAAAAAAAAAUAAAUCAAACGGAUCCAUUCCUGAUGCAUAA